CAGCUCGUGGUACCAUCGACCCACCAGUGGCCAAGUCGACCUCUUCGUGUGUAGACGGCGAUACCAUAAUGUCGCCCAAAAAUAAACACAAACCCAGUGCCUGACCAUGGAUCCUCUCUUGCUAUACACCGACCCCAACAACAACGACGCCGCCAAAGACAAGUACUCGUUGCGGCCGCGGUCCAUGCGCAGACGAACGCAUUCUCCGGACGCCGCCCCCAAGAAAGCCGCCCCUUUGAGCAAGUACCGCCGCAAGACCGCCAACGCCAGGGAACGAAAUCGGAUGAGGGAGAUUAAUCAAGCUUUCGAGACGUUGCGAAGAGUUAUUCCACACGUGCAGGCGACGCAAGUGCCCGGAACCAAUGAGAAAUUGACGAAGAUUACAACGUUGAGACUGGCGAUGAAAUAUAUCGCGGAUUUAAGUGCGGCGUUGAAUGCCGGGCCGGAGUCGAGUCCGGAAACACCGGAUUAUAGUGAUUUGGACUGUUUGCUCCUGGAGUCUGACGGCGAGUCGUUGCAAUUAUCGGAUCAUUCGUUGUUAGCGUCUCCGGAUUUCCCGGAACCGGCGUUAAGUCCGGUCGAUUUUAGCGACCCGAGUCUUCCGGCUCUGUUACACACGGAUUUUACAGAACAUACUCUCGGACCGGAUGAUUUCGACGAUUUUUUUGCCGACGAAACGUGAUCUGUUUUUGUACAUAAAUAUUGAACUGAAACGUCUUGCCUCAUAGUAAUGUAAGUCUUGUGUAUAAAAUACUCUGUUACCUAUUAUAGAAAAUUUUAUAUUAUUAUUGUGCGAUUUAUAUUUGUAAUAUGCCAUGUUAUUAUUUUUUUAUUAUAAAUAAAUGCGUUGGAAUAAA